GCCAAAUUACUUGUCGUCAUCAGCAACAACAGCAAGCCAUCAAAUUGAAGUGGUCCCCUUUUUGUCCUUGCUCAAAAUCAGACUACAGCCGUUAGAGGUGGCCACUCAAGAAAAAAAAGCCUGAAAGUAGCCCAUCAUGAAACAAGAUUUUUCAUUCCGAAUGGAGGCCCGAUUCAAGCGGUUAGAGAUUUUGAUUGUGUAUGUAUACCCAUGCAUUGGACAGACUUAUUGAUCUAUUGGAGAAUGUUUAUGGCGAAAUUGAGCACGACGACGGAGUGUGCACACUCUACGAUCAAAUAGAUGAACUUAUAAAGAAUCUUCAAUCCUUCCGUUCUAUUGGAGGCAUGUUGGGCGCUAUAAAAGUUCUCAUUGAUAGUCCGCCUUCUGUGCCAAAUCUGGUCUCUACUGUAAUUGACCGAAAUGCUGAAGCACAUGAUCACGCAUCCAAGAAGAAACCAAGCAUUGACUCACAAGUUGGAGAUGAUGUGGACAUCCGGCAUGAAGCCAUAAACAAAGAUAAUGGGAGGUCCAACAUUGUGGAAAAAAUAAAAGUCCUCUUGCAGAAGAUGUUGUUAAUGUUGGCAAGCCAGAUUCUACUUUUCAGGAAUUGUCUACCUCAGCUGGUGUGGUCAUUGCUGAGUGGCUUCAUGCCAUUUGCCUAUCCCGGUAUGACGCCACCAAUCAUGCCACCUCCGGUGUCGACCCCGUCGACAUUUGUCCCUAGGAUGGUCCCUAUACAUCUGGUGAAUUUGACGGGGACUAUGAAUGAAGCAGCGCCCUCAAAUGUCCAUGAAAUCAAUGAGGCGGAGCAGGAGGCGGCCCGCAGGAAAAAGGGUAAGGCUAUAGCCGAACCCAGCAAGACUCGAGAUUCGGCGUUCAAAUGCCUAGGGGACAAAGAGGAUAGACCCCGCAAGUCUACCAAGCUACGUCUUGGUCCUGAGAUGGGCCGGACUAGCGCAAUGGAAAGACUUGGCGGGAGUCGUCACGCCCAAUCUCGUCGUUCUAGGGAAUCUGAGACGAUUCACCAAGACGAGGAGGAAGCAGAAAGCCAGCCGAGGGCGUCGACAUAUACCAGGCUCUCAUACGACGAGGAUGACCUGGACAAGAUAGGGAGUGUAGCAAGGAAAUUACGUGCCCUGGAAGAAAAGGUAGAAGAGAAGGCGGGAGCGAAAAAACACACCUUGGCUAAAUCUCCCUUUUCGGCCAGGGUACAUGCGCAGAGGUUGAGGCGGAAGAUUAAGCUGGACGUGGAAAAAUUCACAGGAAAGGAGGAUCCAAACGUCCACCUUGACACCUUCCACAAUGUAGCACAGAUGGCCGGGUGCACUGAUACUGAGGAAUGCUUGCUCUUCUUCUCAUCCUUGAGAGGGAGGCCUGUGGAAUGGUUUAACGACCUUCCCCAUGGCAGGAUUGGGUCCUUUGAGAAACUUGCCGAAGUUUUCCGCAAGAAGUACCAGAACAACUGCAUUAAGAGGAAGAAGUUCACCUACCUUAACACGGUAGGGAGGCCACCCUCCUCUUACCAAGAAGCCUACAAUACGGCAUGGGAGUAUGCCGACGCGGAGGUCUUGAAUAAGAGCAAGCGGGAAUUAGAGGAAGGAUAUACGAAGGUGAAAUCCGACAAGCCUAAGAAGGACGACCAGAUGGGAGGGUCCAAACUAAAGGCUACGUAUGACGGGUCUGUCCAUCAAAUAAGGGAAGAACUGGGCCAGGAGCUUACACGUAGCGGUGGUUUCCCUGGAAACACGACGAAGCACGCAAGGAGGGAACCUAUCACUUUCACUGAUAGGGAUCUUCCUAGGACGGGGGGAGAUCAUAAUGACCCUCUGGUCAUUACAAUGGAUAUCAAUGGAGCUGAUGUGGCCAGGGUCCUGGUUGACACAGGAAGCAGUGUCAAUGUUUUAUACAUAGAUGCUUUCAAGAAAUUGAAUCUUGACAGGUCCAUGUUGAGGCCAUUGCAAACUCCAUUGUCAGGCUUCACUAGAGCUAGCAUAGAAGCGGAAGGUCAGAUAACCUUACCGGUUACCUUGGGUUUUUACACUCCCAAUGGAAUCGGGGAGGAAAGGGGUGAUCAAAAGAACGCCCGGUCCUGCUACCUGGAAGCAGUCAGGAAGAUGACCCACCAGUUCGAACAAAUUGAACUGGUCUCCCAGCAGGUAGACAAGGGUGAGGAGAAGGCUAGGAUCGAGCCAGAUGCAAACACGGAAGAGAUCCAGAUUGAUGCCUCCAAUCCUGAAAGGAAGGUCAAAAUUGGGGUUGAUCUUCAGGAAGAGCUAAGGACUGAGAUUGUCCAAGUGCUGACCAGAAUCAAAUCCGAUUCAAGCUUGGUGGUAGGCCACAUCAAUGGCAACAUGGAGGCCAAGGGAGAGAAGAUGCAAAAAUACAGGGGCUUGGCAAAGGCACUAUUGAAGGACUUGGCUGAAUAUGUGAUGGAACAAAUCCCUAGGGGGGAGAACACCGAUGCUGACUUACUAUCAAAAUUGACGCAAGCAGCCCCGGAACAUGUCUCAAAAUUGGCUAGGAUUGAGAUGCUAGAGAAGGCUAGCAUUGAAGGGCUUUCUGUUAGCCUGAUUGAGGAAGAUGGACGGCCCAAUCUAGGCAUGGUGGAACCUGAUGAUAUUUGGAUAGAUGACUUGGUCAAGUAUUACAUGACCGGGCAAUUCCCUGAGGAUGAGGAUAGGGUGAGAAAAGUAAAGUUGAGGGCUCCAAGAUUCCAAAUGCUAGAUAGAAGGCUAUACAAAAGGGCAUUUGGUGGUCCGCUGCUGAGAUGCUUGAUCAGGGCGGAGGCGGAAAGAGUGAUCGCCGAAGUUCAUGAGGGUGUGUGUGCAGCCCAUCAAAUGUCCAGGACACUCGCACAAAGGAUCAUCUUGCUAGGUUACUUUUGGCCUACAAUGAAUCAAGAUUGUGAAAAAUAUGUGGAGAGGUGCAAGACUUGCCAGGUGUUCUACAAGUUUCCGGGAAGGCCUGCAACCUACUACCAUCCAGUUUCCAAUGUUAUUCCAUUUGCAAGACUACCCAUCGAAGCUAAAAUAAUGAGCUUUCGGGAGAAGGUCUAUGAAGAGAAAGGGAAUGAGGAAGACCAUUUGGCAGAGCUAAACUUGCUGGAAGAGAAGCGGAUGGUCGCUGAGGCUAAAAUGAUGGAAUACCAGCAAGCAGCUAAGGCCUACCAUGAUAACAAGGUAGGGCCUCGUUAUUUCCAAAUGGGUAACGAGGUCCUGAGACGAAGGGAGGCCAGCAAACCCGGAGAAGAGGGAAAACUUGCAAAGAAAUGGGAAGGCCCAUAUAGGGUCACAACAAUAUUACGCCCUGGGACAUACAAGUUAGAAACAAUGGAAGGUCGAGAGUUGGAAAGGUGCUGGAAUUCCCACCACCUUAGAAAAUUCUACCGAUAGACCAAAUUAGCAGGGCAUGUAUUUAUAAUACCCCUUCGAUGAUAAAUAAGAGAUUUCUUCAAUACUUGUGUUGCUGGGUAGUAAUACUAAAGUAAUGUCUUGAUG